UUACAAAACUUUUAUUAUCUUUUGAAAUUUGGACUCGUUGGGUUGAAAAAUUCCCAAUCAACCUUUUUCUUCUUUUGUUAUGCUUCAGUACAAACAGAAGAGAAAUCCGUCAUUUUAUAAAUGAGUUGCGAGAAUGGUACUAUUAUAACGUUUGAAUCUCUGGUGAAGUUUUUAUUGCUGAUAGAGCUGGAUACAUCGCAGGUGCUGAAAUGUGGCAACGAUUAAUUUUCUUCAGUCUGCUUUUUAGCGUGUUCCGUAAAACAUGUCAUGGUGAGAGAUCCGAAGACUCUCUUAUAUGCAAACGAGUAGACAACGAUGCUGCCAAUGUUUUAAUCACUGGGCCGCAAGGUCCUCCUGGUUUACCUGGCCUGGAUGGAAUGCCAGGUCUGCCUGGAAUCCCAGGACUUGAUGGCCUACCUGGACUACCAGGAAUCGACGUAGACCACAACAGAUUGGUAAUUUUGGUUGAGCAAACUGUCACAGAAGCUAUUCAUGCGAUGAAGAAUGUAAAACCACAGACUUCCGACUUUCGAUGCGAAAAUCUAAAUAACAAAGUCGAAGUCGAUGGAAAAUGUUUUUUCGCUGUCUUGCCAGAGAAUGAAGUCAAAUUUCUCGCAGCUGAGCAGUUGUGCAUCGAUAGAGGGAGCAACGCCGGCAAAUAUUACGAUCGCCAUCAAUUUGGCAAGAUAAUGAAUUAUCUUCAUGAGUUAAGACAAACAUUUUAUCACGUAUAUCUGGGAAUGGAAUUUGAUCCCCGAGGUUAG